UCCACUCCCAGUUGCGCUUGUAUGAGAAUGACACUGGAAGGCUGAGUAGCCACUGCAUGGAAGACGGGUAAAAAGAAGAGGGGAAAAUGAUAAGGAGAAGCAGCCCAGCAUAAUUGUGCAAUAUUCACCAAAGCAAGAAAAAGAAAACUCACAUCGUAAGUUUUUUAAAAAGUUAUUCAAGAAAGAAAAUACCAAGCUGAAAGAGAAGGGGGAAAAUCCCACCACUUCUAUUUUGUGAAAAAACAUGGGACAACGCUUAACAAAUGAGGAGGGGGAACAAGUUGAGAUUGAUGUGGCUGAACUGCAGGAAUGGUAUAAGAAGUUUGUGGUGGAAUGUCCAAGCGGGACUCUUUUCAUGCAUGAAUUCAAGCGAUUCUUCGGAGUACAGGAUAAUCAGGAGGCAGCAGAAUACGUGGAGAACAUGUUCAGAGCUUUUGAUAAGAAUGGGGACAACACCAUUGAUUUCCUAGAAUAUGUGGCUGCUCUGAAUCUUGUUUUACGAGGGAAGUUGGAACACAAACUGAGGUGGACGUUCAAAAUAUAUGAUAAGGAUGGCAACGGCUGCAUAGACAAACCUGAGCUCUUAGAAAUAGUUGAGUCUAUUUACAGGCUUAAGCAAGUAUGCCAGCCUGAUGAAGACCAAGGGGCACCUCGUCUCACUCCAGAAGAAGUUGUGGACAGGAUAUUUCAGUUAGUGGAUGAAAAUGGAGAUGGGCAGCUUUCUCUGGAUGAAUUCAUUGACGGGGCCCGAAAAGACAAGUGGGUGAUGAAGAUGCUACAAAUGGAUGUGAACCCAGGAGGAUGGAUUGUUGAGCAGAGGAGGAAAUCUUCGUGACCGGAAGGAUGUGGUGUGGGGCAGCGGGUGGUUCAGUGUGUUGCAUUUCCAGUUGUAACCAAAUGGAGAGUGCUUCCUUUCAUUCUAGAAUCAUUUGCUUAACCGAAAGCAUUCUCCAGCAACUCUGUGAAGCACGCGUAUUGAAAGUACCAUGGGUACUAACCUAUGUGAGCCAUGGCUGGCCAGUCAUGCUAGGAAAUAACCAUAUGCAUAAAUAUUGUCCUGUUUGCUGGUCCAGGUAUCAAAAGGGACUGACUUAGAAGAGUCUCAAAAGUGAACACUGAGUGUCAUUUGAUGCUCAGAUGCACAAAGGGACUGAUUAGUAAGUCACAAUGCUUUCUUUGUAGGUGUAUGUCUGCUAUUUUAUGUCUGAGGAGAAAGAGAUGAACUUGCUGGAAGAGAGGAAGUUCUUUGGUAACAGAGUUUGAGAAUAUGGCUGGUUUGUUCUGAUUCUGAGUUUGUGUGUUCCAAGGGUUUUACUUGAUGUUAAUAUUCUGCUGCUAACCUAAACCAUUUGGAGACUGUUUCAUCGCAAGUGAGAUGUUCCAACUUUUUGUAACAUUGCAAACGCACAGCCAAGCAUUUAUGGAAUUGGAAACAGGAAAAGAACCUAUUUACUAUAUGCAAUGAGACUGCAGGGAGUAAAGGCUCUUAUCAGACCAAGUGCAGUAUAUUAUGUAUACUGGACUUGUAGCAUCAUACACCUAUUGUGUUCUGAGUCGAUUUCCCUCUGUCAACUCACUGAUUGUCUUAGGGCAGAUUCCUCUACAUGGUAGAUCCUUCUUCGGAACCCUUUUCUAGGAAUUUUAGUGUCAUUGAGGAAACUUUGGUCUGGUUAAGAUGAUCCUCCACACUACAGUUUGAAAAAUCAGAAAGAUGACAUAACAUCAUGCGCUUGCAGUAGCUGUCUCUCUCUUGCAUUUUCUUGUGGCAGUUCCCACUCCCUUUCCUUAUUUCUUCUAACCAUGGUUUGCCAUAAUUAUUGACUUGGGCAAACUGUGAUUAGCAAUAACCAGGACUAACUCCAAACAAUGAUUUGCAAGCCUAUGGUCUCAAGGCAUAGUUUGCAGGCAAGUAUUACCCUUAGUUUGCCAUCUUUGGACAUCACAACAAACUAUGGUUAGUGGAAACCUGAUAAUGGAGUGGCUCAGUGUGCAUCAAUGGAGGUGAGAGGGGGAAGAGAAAGUGCGAGAACACUUGGUACCUUCCCAAACUUCCAAACCAUGGUUUGGAGUACUGUAUCAUGAUGUCUGCCCAGGCCUGAAUAUGAGGAUGGUGACAGGGCAGCAUGUUCUGGUGAGAAAUGAUGCUAAUUGUGAAAUAAGCAGUGCAGAUUUGUCACAUUUGCACUAAAAGUUUGCAGAUGAAUUAGUGAAUAAAUAAGGUGAGGCUCCAUUUGCUGAGCCUGUUGCACAUUGUGAAUACUAGGCAUAAGUGCUCAUUAGCAAAUAGGUGACAUUGUAUUAUAUUUAUUAAAACCAUUCAAAUACAGAAGAACUCAUUUGUUUGGCCUGCAUUACAUUCAAGCUUUCCAGAGACUACAAGGCAGGAUCAGUGCCAGGUUUAGUGGGGUAUUUGGCACUGCACAGGUGCCCCUCUUGCCUUGAUAACCUGCAGGCUCAGCAACAGAAAAAGCUGGUCCAGCCAGCAAGCUAUGCUAUAUUGGAGCCCCAGAAACACUGAGGGAGGUUAAAAUGACAGGAGCCACCCACAGCUAUGCGGGAGCCAGUGCUGAGAGGACCACCAGGCCUCAGUGGCCAAAUCAGAAUUUGGUGGUGCUUCCUCAGUAAGGGUUCAGGCCCUUAGCAAUGGCCUGGUGGUGUUGACCCCAGUCACUGGAUGGUAUAGCAAUAGUAUGGAAUGGUCUGGCCCAAAGCUCACAACAGACUGAUCAUUCUCGUGAUCACUCAAUAUCUUCAUUUUCACAUAACUCUUUGGCUGCACAUUCAAUUUGUAAAGCAUGUGGAAACACCAGAAAUAAAGUCAUAUAGGCAAUAUUUUUGAAUAUUCAUAGAUAUGUAAUUAUGGGAGGGGUCUGUUACAUCUAUCAGAGAUAUCAUAUUCUGGUAGAAUUGUGUAAUACAAUAAGAAGACCCAAAUGCUAAACUAAACCAGCUGAAUAAUAAUUUUCUCACCUUACCUUGAAUGUAUUUUAUUUGCCAUUUUCUUAUUCUUCAGACUCAUAAGACAAAAUCCACUCUGUACAAGGUUGGAAUAAUAUGUAUAUAUAUUUCUGUGGCCUUUUGUUAUAAACCCUUUGCUUCUC